AUGAAUAGUCGGUUAGACGCAGUCCCGGACACGAGAUGGGAGUUAAUUGUUGUUGGCAUCGAAGACAAAAGAGCCGGAAACAAGUGCUUGUCUCUUUCUUCCUACCUCAUCCGGAACGGACGGAGAUUGGCGUUGUUUUCUUCUUCUUCUUCUUCUUCUUCUUCUUCUUCUUCUUCUUCUUCUUCUUCUUCUUCUUCUUCUAUUUUUCGCAUCUAUACAGGAUUGGCCUACUUCAUGUUUACUAUCCGCGUUAUGCAGCUGCAAAAAUGCUGGACAGUCAUCAAUCGCUACUACUUAUUUUUGGUCAUUUUUCUUUCUUUCUUUCUUUCUUUCUUUCUUUCUUUCUUUCUUUCUUUCUUACUUAUUUAUAUUCCUUCAUUCUUUUCUUUCUUUCUUUCUUUCUUUCUUUCUUUCUUUCUUUCUUUCUUUCUUUCUUUCCCCUUUUAUCACCGCUCUUUGCACGUUUCUUACUCUCCUUUCCAUCACGGCCAUUAUUCUUAUAUCUGUCAUUAUUUACUUGUUUUCCAUAUCACGUUUUAUUCAAAAAGAGACUCAAUUUACCUCUGA